CUCAUUUUCCCAUCAGGCCGUGCGGCCGCUUGGCGCUGCGGAGGCGGCGGUUGCCAUGGCAGCGGUUCUGGCGGCGGCUGAGGCCUACUCCGGGCGGCCAUGGACUCGGGCCGGCCUCGCUAUUACACCCCGCGGGAGGUGUCGGUGCACAACCGGCCUUGGGACCUCUGGGUCUCUUUCCUGGGGCGGGUUUACGACCUGACCCCCCUGGCCGCGGUCCACCAGGGUGAUCUUUUGAUGAAACCUAUCCUAGAAGCUGCAGGGAAAGACAUUAGCCACUGGUUCAACCCCAAAACUAAAGAUAUACAAACGCACAUUGACCCCCUAACUGGGUGCCUCAAGUAUUAUACCCCACAGGGACGCUUUGUUCAUAUCCCACCUCAACUGCCUCGCUCAGACUGGGCCAACGACUUUGGCAGGCCCUGGUGGAAAGAUCCCUUGUAUGAGGUGGGCAUCUUGUCGGCCAAAACCAGGCGCAUACGGAUCAUCAACACCUUGACCUCUCAGGAGCAGACCCUGGAGGUCUGUGCAGAGGAAUCCAUGUGGGAAAUCCUGCGGCGAUACCUCCCCUACAACGCCCACGCGGCCAGCUACACGUGGAAGUACGAAGGCGUCAACCUAGACAUGGACAAGAACCUGCAGCAGAACCACAUUCUGGACGAGGACGAGGAGUUCUACCAGCUCAGCAUGGACGCCGAUUCCUACACCCCGGCCAUCCUGCUCUACUUCAAUGACGAUCUCACGGAGCUUUAAGUGGAGAGCGUGCGACUGGGUGAGGAGACAGCUCCAUCCUUUAGCCACGUGGUGUUUCUGUUCUGGCCCCUCUAGAACCCUAGAACAUUUCCCGUCUAGAAUCCUGUUCAAUCUUGUGAAGAGGCUGAACUGUGGAGGAGUCUUCUUCUCUGGGGAAAAGAGAGGGGACAUUCCCAGAGCUUUGGAAAUGUUCCUUUUCCAGACUCCCAGAAUCCCCCAGCCAGUCAGCGGUAUUUCCAAGCUCAGACUGUCUCCCUUCUUUCACCAAAAGCCUGCUGCCUAAACGUUGGUUGAUCUAUUUCUUAUCUGGGAGGCUGAGGGCCAUCAUCUUCUAUGUCCGCUGCAAAGCACCUGGGCACAGCACCUGUUUCUCCCACAGAGAUCAUGAAGGCGUUUCCUGUGAACCUGUUUCAGAAUCAGGCACUAAGAAGUGAGCAACGGAAAAGGCACCGGAGACACUUCAUGCUGGACUGGGGGCAGUAACGCGCUCUCACGUCCAUCAACCAUUUUCUGAUUUGGAGGAAGGGUUGGCUGUUUUCCUUUUAGGCAACAUGGCUGUUGUUUCUCCA